UACUUAGGAGAAGGGCCCUCCUAGAAGGAGCUGCAGCUGAGCCUGGGGUGGGGUUCUGGCAGCUCUGGCUUGAAAUGGCAAGGAUGGGAGAGUAAAUGACUUGUUACCAGCUCUGUGUCUUGUAUCUGAUCCUGACCUUUGGCUUACCUGGACCUCAGACUGCCCUCAACUUGCCUUUUGCCUGAGCCCUUGUUGGAACCUCUGCCUGCCUGGAAUUGGACCUUGGACUGGCCUUGGCCAUUGUUGCUGCCUGUUCCUUGGUUAUCUGGAAUGCCCCUGCGUCAUAGGACCCAGGUGCAGCUUCAAACAUUCGAGAUGGGAGAAGCAGCUUUGAUCGAACAAAAUAAGUUCCAGUCGUCCUGACACAGAUAAAGAGCCUUAACUCUGCUGCUCAGAGGUUGCGUCAUUCAUUCCCCAGGGCAAAGAGACGCCAUCGAGCAUAGGGAACUCAAGUAUCAGACUCAAACAGUGUCCUGAAGCACCCUGGGAGGGGUUAUUGAUCCUGACACACCUCCUUUAACGUGUGAUUUGGAAUGGACUUCAAACCCAGUGGACUCUGGAUACAAGGAUGAAGUGACUUCACAGCUUUAAAACAAUAACCCCGAUUGCGGAACCUGAUUCCUGGUCACCGAAAGGUAGGAGAGACCUCCAAGACCAGAAAUGGCUGAAAGAACUAUAUGCACUGACGCAACCUCAGGUAACCCCAAGAUGGCUGCCAAGCGCAAAGGUGGCUUGAAGCUAAAUGCAAUCUGUGCCAAGCUCAGCCGCCAGGUCGUUGUCGACCACAAGGGUCCCAAGCGGGCCCCUGCUGACAAGGCUCCCCUGGAGCGGGAGAGUGGUGGCGGCACUAUGGCUGCUGCCACUGCCGCCGCUGCCAAGGACAUCGCCCGGCCUGGGGCCAAGGAGCUGGGUCCCGAGUUUCCCGAGGGGGUCCACCGUGUGCAGAAGAUUGAGGAGGACAAGCGGAGGGAGGUGAUUGAAAAGUGGGUCAAUGGAGAAUACAGCGAAGACUCCUUGCUGGGGCGCAUUGAGAACAAGGAAGCAAAGAGCUCCGGGAGCGCCGAGGUGCCCCCUGAGGGCGUUUACAUGGUGCAGCCCAAGGGGUGCAGUGACGAAGAGGACAACGUGAACGAAGCCGAGGCGCUGAAAGGCUCCCAAGAGGGCAGCUUCCUGGACGAGCGGGAUUUGGACGGACCUCCCUCGAAGGACGAAAACGUCCGGGCCCCCAGCAGUGAGGUGGGCUCCAAACUAAGUGGAGCAGCUACCUCAGGAGAGGCCUCCUCGCUGCGGGACUACGCUGCCACCACCAUGAACGAGUUCCUGGGCAUGUUUGGCUACGACGACCAGAACAUGCGGGACGAGCUGGCUCGCAAGAUCAGCUUUGAGAAGCUGAACACUGCUACCUCAGAGGCCGCUGCUGUCGUUGCCACCACCCUUGCCGGCGAAGAUGCCAUGAGCAAACGAGCACGCUUUUCCAAGUACGAGGAGUACAUUCGCAAGCUGAAGGCUGGGGAGCAAGUCCCGUGGCCGAUUCACUCAACGAAGACUGAGGAGCUAACCAGCAAGCUUUGCAAGGAAGCACCGCCGGUCGUGGGGCAAGCAAUCAGGUUGCCAGCUCCCGACGCCUCUCUCCUGCCAGAGACGAAAGCCACCAUUUUGCCUCUGCCUUCCCCCAGCAGCUCCCAGAUGCAAGGGCUGAUGUCUCGGGCCUCCAAGUACGACUUCUUCAUCCAGAAGCUGAAGACAGGGGAGACCCUCCGGCCACAGAAUGGCAACACCUACAAGAAGACCUCCAAGUAUGACCUGGAGAACGUCAAGUACUUGCAUCUCUUUAAGCCGGGGGAGGGGAGCCCAGACAUGGGAGGGGCCAUCGCCUUCAAGACCGGCAAAGUGGGGCGCCCUUCCAAGUAUGAUGUCAGGAACAUCCAGAAGCUGACUCCGGUCAAAGCUCCAGCGCCCAGCUUGGGCCCACCCCCUCUUGCCAGUACCCCCAGCAGCGCUCCAGUGGCCGGGCCUGAACAGCCAGCCUCUUUGCCCUUCAACGCUCCCGAGUACCUGAAAUCCACCUUCUCCAAGACGGACUCCAUCACAACUGGAACAGUUUCCACUGUUAAGAACGGAUUAACCACUGACAAACCAGCUGUCACCGAAGAUGUAAAUAUUUACCAGAAAUAUAUUGCCAGAUUUUCUGGAAGCCAGCACUGCGGACACAUUCACUGUGCAUACCAAUACCGAGAGCAUUAUCACUGCCUUGACCCGGAGUGCAACUAUCAGAGAUUCACAAGUAAACAAGAUGUGAUCCGGCACUACAACAUGCACAAGAAGCGGGACAAUUCUCUCCAGCACGGUUUCAUGCGCUUCAGCCCCCUGGACGACUGCAGUGUAUACUAUCAUGGCUGCCACCUCAAUGGGAAGAGCACACACUACCAUUGCAUGCAGGUGGGUUGUAACAAAGUCUAUACCAGCACCUCCGAUGUAAUGACCCACGAAAACUUCCACAAGAAGAACACGCAGCUCAUCAACGACGGAUUCCAGCGGUUCCGAGCCACGGAGGACUGUGGCACAGUGGACUGCCAGUUCUAUGGGCAGAAGACCACCCACUUCCAUUGCAGACGUCCUGGUUGCACUUUCACCUUCAAGAACAAGUGUGACAUUGAGAAGCACAAGAGCUAUCACAUCAAGGACGACGCCUACGCCAAGGACGGCUUCAAGAAGUUCUACAAGUAUGAAGAGUGCAAAUACGAGGGCUGCGUCUACAGCAAGGCCACCAACCACUUCCACUGCAUCCGGCCCGGCUGCGGCUUCACCUUCACCUCCACCAGCCAGAUGACCUCCCACAAGCGCAAGCACGAGCGCCGGCACAUCCGCAGCUCUGGCGUGCUGGGCCUGCCCGCCUCCCUCCUGGGAGCCAAGGACAAUGAGCAGGAGGAAUCCAGCAAUGACGACCUCAUUGACUUCUCCGCCAUGAGCUCUAAGAACUCCAGCCUGAGUGCCUCCCCCACCAGUCAGCAGUCUUCCGUCUCUUUGAUUGUCCCGGGCGCACCCUCCUCGGCAGCAGAGCUCUCUGCCUCACAGGCCUCCAGCAAACCCGCCAGUAAUAUGCCAUCGGCUUCAAAGAUCCCGGGAAUACUCUCCCAAGCCCUCCCGAGCAAUAUACCCUUGGCCCUCGCGCUCUCCAACACAGCACUUCCUGGGACAGCGGGUUCUUAUUUCCCUAUCCUCCCCAGCCGGGUCUCCACCCCGCUGCCUGCCAGCUCCGCUAGCUUGAUUGCCACCGGCACUUCUACCACCAACCUGGCAUCAUCUGCCAACUCCCCUUCCCAGGCCAUCUCAGGUUCCAGUGAGGCAGCAGCCACCUCUUCACCGACUCCAGCGGCGUCCAUCAUGGAGAGGAUCUCUGCCAGCAAAGGGUUGAUUUCACCAAUGAUGGCCCGGUUGGCUGCAGCAGCACUUAAGCCCUCUGUAGCUGUGGAGGCAGGGAACGGGCAGCCAACAACUCCUGGACGGUUUAACCCAACUCAGACAAAACAAGAGGCGACAGAGAAUCCGGGCUCUGUAUCCACCGUGACCCAGGAUUCCUUGCAGGAACACAGCCUGGACCUGAGUGUGAAGGAUCAUGGUAAUGAAUCAAAUGGCCACACAGUCUCGGCAAAUUCAUCUCUUUUAUCCUCGCUUAUGAAUAAGAUGUCUCAGAGUAACGCCAACCUCGGCAACCUUCUUGGCUUGAAGGUGGAUAGUGACAGCAGCCAGCUGGGGCCUUCCGGUGAUGCAACUCAAUACUUGGGCAAGACAGUCAAGGCUCUUGUUCAAGAGAAACUCUCUGAGCCCUGGAAGAUGUACUUGCGCAGAUUUGGUACCAAGGACUUCUGUGAUGCCCAGUGUGACUUUCUUCAUAAAGUGCAUUUCCACUGUGUGGUAGAAGAAUGUGGAGCCCUCUUCAGCACCUUGGAUGGAGCCAUCAAGCACGCCAACUUCCACUUCCGAACCGAGGGCGGAGCAGUGAAAGGAAGCUCUGAAUUCUCUUUCCCAACUUCUGCCGAGACCAAGACUUCCUUAGCCCCUUCGUCGCCAUCGGCUUCUUCCACCGCCUUGGCCAACGCCUCUGCCCCGGAUGGCCCUACUCCGAGCCCGGUGACUGUGCCCUCCACUCCCACCCUCCUUGCCUGGAAACAACUGGCCUCCACCAUCUCUCAGAUCCCUGCGUCAGUGCCUAACCUGGCCACGUCCCCCUUGACAACAACUUCCCUGGAGAACGCCAAGCCUCAGGUCAAACCCGGCUUCCUCCAGUUCCAGGAGCAUGACCCCUGUCUGGCGACAGAUUGCAAGUAUGCCAACAAAUUCCACUUCCACUGUCUCUUUGGGAACUGCAAGUAUGUGUGUAAGACCUCUGGGAAAGCAGAGUCCCACUGCCUCGACCACAUCAACCCCAACAACAACCUGGUGAACGUGCGAGACCAGUUUGCUUACUACUCCCUGCAGUGUCUCUGCCCAAACCAGCACUGUGAGUUUCGAAUGCGAGGCCAUUACCACUGUCUUCGUCCUGGCUGCUUCUUUGUGACCAACAUCACCACCAAGCUCCCCUGGCACGUGAAGAAGCAUGAGAAGGCGGAGCGGAGAGCGGCCAAUGGCUUCAAGUAUUUCACCAAGAGGGAGGAGUGUGGCAGGCUAGGUUGCAAGUAUAACCAAGUCAACAGCCAUUUCCACUGCAUCCGUGAAGGCUGUCAGUUCUCCUUCCUCCUCAAGCAUCAGAUGACAUCUCACGCCAGGAAGCACAUGAGGAGGAUGCUGGGGAAGAACUUUGACCGCGUUCCCACUCAGGUUAUUGGACACGCUCCAAGGAAUGAAAAUCUCCCCCAAGUCAGCAGCAUGGCGCCUAGCCCAGCUUCGUCAGGGACUCCUGCAUCCUUCCAGGGCCCCCAAAGCAUGAUGGAUACAGAGACCGACGAAUACAUUGACUACACGGGAUGCAGCCCCGGUGGCAUCUCCUCCGAGUCCUCCAAUAUGGACCGCAGCUGCUCCAGCACCCCAGUGGGCAACGAAAGCACUUCGGCGGGCUGCCUGGCUGCUGCUGCUGCUCCUCCUCCUCCUGACGCUGCUGCUGGUGAUGACGUUACCCACAAUGCACCACAACCACCACCUCUGCCUCCAUCUUUCUCACAAGCUCUGCUCAGGUCUCCCCUUCCUUCCCUCCCGUAUCUCUUCUCUCCAUCUUGUGUCUCAUACUCUCUGCUAAGUGCCACGCUGGGAUCCAGCAGGGGCCUUGUGUUGCCCACUGCCAGCUCAACAGGGUUCUCACCCAUCAUUGCCGCUCCAACUCCCGUCAAAAGCGAUGUCCCUCUAGUUCAGGAUGCGGCAGGGAACACCAUCACCAUGCCAACCGCUGCGGGGGCCAAGAAGCGCUUCUGGAUCAUUGAGGACAUGUCUCCAUUCGGUAAGCGACGCAAAACUGCGUCCUCCCGCAAGAUGCUGGAUGAGGGGAUGAUGCUAGAGGGCUUCCGGCGGUACGACCUCUAUGAAGACUGCAAGGAUGCCAGCUGCCAGUUCUCACUGAAGGUCACCCACUACCACUGCACAAGGGAGAACUGUGGCUACAAGUUUUGCGGCCGCACCCACAUGUACAAGCAUGCCCAGCACCACGACCGCGUCGACAACCUGGUGCUGGACGACUUCAAGCGCUUCAAGUCCUCUCUGAGCUGCAACUUCCCCGACUGCCAGUUCUCGGGCAACAGCACGCACUUCCACUGCCUGCGCUGUGGCUUCCGCUGCACCGACAGCACCAAGGUGACAGCCCAUCGUAAGCACCACGGGAAGCAGGACGUCAUCAGUGCCGCUGGCUUUUGCCAGUUCAGCUCCAGCGUGGACUGCGAGGUGCCCGACUGCAAGUACAAACUCAAGUGCUCCCACUUCCACUGUACCUAUCCAGGCUGCAAGCACACGGUGGUGGGCAUGUCGCAGAUGGACUCGCACAAGCGCAAACACGAGAAGCAGGAGCGCGGAGAGCUGCCGGCCAUCUCUCCGGGCCCCGAGGGCCUCCCCCACUCCACACUGGAGUAUGACGCACACAACUCUUCUGUCAACCUGGACAGCUCUCUCAACCUUGGCACUGAUGCAAACAGCUCCCUUUUCUUCCUGCAGAAUGCCGCUGGUGUGGGACUCAAUGACUCCUUGGACCUCAGCCAGAAACCGUCAGAGGCUGCAAGCGCUACCACCCCUUCACCUGUUGGAGAGGGCGUGGCCCCCAUGGAGAGUGAGCGGCUUCCAGCCAGCUGUGACAACGUGGAGGAUGAGGACGACUCAUCCCACGAGGAGGAGGAGGACGAUGAUGAGGAAAUGAAUGAGGAAGAUGAGGAAGAGGAAGACGAUGAGGAUGAUGAGGAUGACGAGGAGGAGGAGGAGGAAGAGGAGGAUCUGAACACAGAUUCUGAAGAGUCGCUUCCGGAUAACCAGGCCAUGUCUGCUAAAGACGUUAGGGAACUGGGGGAGGCUGUUUCUCCUUCCGCAGACCACAGCGAUGCUUCCAGGCUGCCAGGCAAGCAAGCCCCAGCCCCUGAGGCCUUCCCUUGACAGACAGACAGCAGCAGGGUUUUUGAUCGUUAAAAAAAUAAUUAACUGAAUGAAUGAGUGAGAGGACCCCGCUAGGUGAGGCAAGAACAAACACUCAAACGGCAAAACACAUCCCAAAUUCACCCCUAAAAGUGCACAAGACGAAGAGGAAGCCACAAAUCCUUGGACCGUGCAAAAAUAAAAAAAGCCUUGUGCCCAUGUUUGGGGGGGCUGGAGGGAGGGGGGGCAGCGGAGGGACCUAUCUGUUGGGAUGCACAUGUUUACAGGGUGGCAGACAGCAAAUUAUGUUGCUAUUAUGCGGAUGGUUUGGGCCAGGGAGAAGCAAGCCCCCUCCUCCUCCGGCAUGGUUGUGCUAAGUCUAAGGGCAACAGUCUCCCCCCUCCCCCACCUUUCCCCAAAUCUCUUCUUGUUUGGGCGUGGGGGAGUGGAGUUGUUUCUUUCCCAUCAACUUCUAUUUUAUUUUCCUGCUUUCAUUUCUCCUUUAACACUCCUCCCGUUCUCAGGGAGAGGGGGGCAGCUAGCAUCCGAUGGUAAAUAUUAGGGGUGAUAAUAUAGAUACAUAUUUACAAAUGAGGAUUUGGUUUCUUUAAGCCACAAAGCUAAGUUCUUUGCCAUCUGGGGGAAUUGGGGUGGGUGUCAGUAUCAGUCAUACGUAUUUUUUUUCUCCCCUCUUCUCCAAUAUCAAAUGAACAGGAGAAAUGGGGGUCUCAGGCAGCUUGGGUUGGGUUGGGAAAUGGGGUAUUUAUUGUCAGUUUUUUAAAAAAGAGAAAGACAGGCAGAAAAAGAAGCAUUAAUGAAUCGAAUGGGGCUGGGAAUGGGGACACUUCUCUGAUCUUCCAGAUCCUCUUUGUUAUUAAAGAAUAAUAAUUAUUAAUUUUUUUUAAGGGAAGAAUUUAUUUAUAUUGUGACACUCCCGCCUGAGUGGGGUGGUCCUUUUCCGGUGGGGCUUUAACCAGCAGCAACCAUGGUAAAGGGUAUAGGGAAAGGUCAUGAAAAGAUCCUCCAGUUUUGAAAGGGAGGCUUGGAUUUAACCAAACCCAACCACUGCCUUGGGGUGGGGGGACAUUAGCUAUUUGCCUUCCACACUGCAACUCCCCCCCUGCUUAAGACAGAGAGACUGGAGGGGAGAGGCAUGUACCUCAUAAUGGCAGACAGGUCCAAGUAGUACAUGGUCAUGGGGGUGGCUUGUUCAGCUAGUGAGGAAGCAGAGGGCCAAUCCUUCUCUCCCAGUCUUCCUCCCUCAUCUGCGUUCUGGACUUUUGCACCCUGUUUCAGUGUGUUUUAUGAAGGCUGAAAGAGGGUGUGUGCGUUUGCAAAGCCAUGAAUCUUUUAGAAGGAGCUGGUCAGGAGAAGAGUCUUACGACAUCCCUUCCCAUUGAGCUUUGGUAGGUGUCUUACCUUAGGAUCUUGGACAGGGAGUGCGAUACUUUUCCAAAUCCCAGGAUAGAAAUGCUUCUUGUCCCUUUGGCCUUGUGGGGCUGCAGAAGCAAGAGGUCUGCUGCACUUGGUUGUCCCUCAAUUACAGCAGCUGCACAGCAAACUCAUUUGGAGUACAAAUAAUCUAAUGCCCCCGCUAUGAGUCACCAGGUCACAUAUACCCUAAAAAGGGGGAACAUGUUUAAAAACCAAGAAGGGAACCAGGGCCCAUUUUGGCUGGCAAAUCCCCAAUGGUCCUUUGCUUCCACCACAUUGAGUGGUUUUGUUAAAACCAAACACAAACAGCCACAAGAAACAAUCCCCACCCCAUGUCCAGCAGACAUGCCAUUUUCAUAAAAUACAAAAAAGACUGAGAGCUUUAUUAGUCUUAGUUUUUGAAUUUCUCUCUCAAACCAUCACACUCAAAUAACUUGAUGGCUCAACAAUAACAAGACAACCACUUUUGAAAGUUUUAAAAAAGAAUAAGAAGGGUAGGGGGGAAGGAAAAAAAGAAUGGCAAAUAAAAGGAUAAGGCAAUGUCUAGGAAACAAAUAACUGUACAGUAUUUUUGCCCCUGUAAAGGUUGCUAUUAGAUAUAUAGAGUGAUAUAUAGAGAUAUAUAGAAUAAAGAGAAAAGAGCCAUACCACAAUAAUACUCUGUGAGUAUCCAGUGAGAAACUGCCCUGAGGAACAGGCCCUUCAAUAUCCUAUUUGGUUACUCACCUACAAUUAAUCUCCACCACCCACCUUCAAAGUGUGGGCACAUCUCCCCACCCCUUGUUAAGGUGCAAAAGCCAGAAAAUGGGGGGAGGUCUUCCCCAACCACCAUUUUACAAAACACUCAGUACUAAGCACCAAGUGAUUCCAAGUCUGAGUUUCAAGGAGGCAGAAUGUUUAAAACACACACAAGAAAAGGUCUAUCAUCUAAUCCUUUACGCUUCUCUCUCCCUCUCCCCUACACACUAUCCAAACUGAUUUGUUUGUGUGGCUUGUAAUAAUGUGCAUUAGGGUGUAUUCUGUUCAUCCUUAAUUUUAUUUUGGGAGGUUGGGGGCAAUGGUUUUUCUAGAACCAUCCCAGCCUCUCUGGACCCUCUCCUCCACAGCUUUAAAAAAAUGUAAGGCUGAACCUCAUUCAUUACUGUUUAGUUUUUAACUGUGACAAAUUAUUAGCUACUUCAAGCGCAGGGGCAGUUGGGUCAUAAAUGUUUUAAGUAAUUUUUUUCUACAAGAAAGAAACCUCAUCAAGGGCUACCCUUUUCUGGUAAUUUUGGCUUGGCAUACUGCUUUUCUCAGCACCAUGCAAGAUGGUAGCAGCGCUCCACAUCCCAGUCUCCUCCACUUUCCAAAGGCUUUUAUUCUAAGACAGGCCAAAGCGUGGUCUCACAGCAUGUCCAUAAACUCAAACGACAACUGUGCCAUGCUAAGAAAAGAAAAGGAGCAGGGCAGAAGGGCGUCAAAUCAGCAGGUACACAUCAGACUUGCCAGAGAAAACUGGCACAAUGAGGUCUUAUUCCCUCCCACAUCCCAAUCCCUUGAAAAGAUUUGCAUUUGGUGAAACUGGGAGAAGGUAGCGAGGGAUUUAUGUAUAAGAAGCUUGGGCAAGAUCUCUCAGCAACGUUCCUAUAGCCCCUCCUUUUCUCGCUGUUGAGGUGGCUCACCAAAAGGUGCUACAGAAAACUCUUGCCAUGGGAUCACGGUUUUGGAAACCUGCUAUGCAGUGCAGGGAGAGAGGCAAAGGUUAAGCCUUGUUUGUAUACUAUGUUUUGGGGGUUUCUUGAGAGGCAUCCAGCCGCCCAGAGGUUCAAGAAUUGAAAGUGUGUGUGUUUGUGUGUGUGCGCACGUUUGCAGGCCGUUACAAACCUUCUGGCGGUUGUGGGGGAAAUGAGACAAACUGCCCUGGGUUUUUGGGUCCAUCAUCUUUGGCCUUAGAAGCUCUGGGUCAGUGGUAAAGCACUUGAAUAGGAAGGGUUCAUGUUGGCCAGUUGUGCACCCCUUUCCACUUUUAAUCGCUCCUCCCAUCACCUCCACUCCCUCUUCCAGCAAAAAGCCUGUCAAAUUCAACAAGUUUUAUUAGUGAACAACUGAGCCCACUGGCUUCCCACUAGUUUCACAAUCCAUCUGAUGGGCAUUCUGAUUCAGGAAGAAGCACUUGAUGUACAGAGGGGUGAGAGGAGGGCAGCUCAGACUGGGCUUAAAAGUUCAGAGCAAGUUUAAGUCUUUUGAUGUCCCUCAAUGUGUAAUUUUACAAAGUGGGAGAGGCCACCAUUUGAAAAACAAGGCAUUGAAACAAGGUGUAUCUAAUCUUUUCCCAAGUAACAUGCCACACAGUCCUUUCCUGAUGUUGUGUCCAGUUUGAGAAUAGUCAUCCCAUUCACAGAAUGGAAGUUUGGACAUGGUAAACUUCAGCUUGGCUGAAAGCGUAAGUAAAUGCAUCCUCUGUGCAGGGGUGGAGGAACCCUCAACCUGUGCCCAAUACCCCAUCCCCGCCCAAGUGGAAAUCUAGUAGUUGGGACCCAAGCAGAAGCAAUGAAGAGGAAGUCAAGGCUUAGGCAAGCUAUUAGAACCUGAUCUGGUCUGACACCUGCCUCUCUAGAGUAACAGCAGGUGCUUGUAUAUUUAAAGGGCGUAUUAUACUUGAACAACUAUUGCUGAAAUGGAGCCAGGAGAAUAUACAGCUCAGUGGCUUUAAGGGGGCCAUCGGGGGGGGGGGAGAGAGAAGAGGCAAGAGAGAGUUUUAAAAACCAAAUUACUGAAGCCCUAAGUAGAACCUCUCAUUACUGCCUUGCUGUUGAAAAGCGAACAGAAAAACAGAACCUAGCCACCAAAUAAAUGCAUAAAUUAUAAAGUUCACCUGUAUUGAAAGAGAACCAUAUUUCAAUAUAGAAAUGGAUUUUUUUUUUAAAUGGCCCUAGAUUUUAAAAGGACAAUAGACACACACAUACACACAGAGGAGGAUUCUAGCCUUCUGUAAAAUCCAUAUUGCACACUAGGACUAUAAGCCAUCGCUAGCUCAUUUUGAAUUUUAAAAUGUGUACCUUCUUUUGUUGUUUUCAUUUUAUUUUUUCUUUCUGUGCGGGAGGGGUGGGGAGGGAGAAGAAAACGAAGUGAUGCUUGAACUACCAAUGCUCUUUUUAAUGUUUUAUAAAUAUGUAUGUGUAUAUAUAUAAAUAUAAAAAUAAUAUGUAUGCACAUAUAUAUGUGUGUGUAUAUAUCUAUAUGUAUAUACCUAUAUAUAUAGAUAUAUAGCUAUAUAUAGGUUUUGAGACAAAAAAAAUAAUGCAGAAAAUGAAAAAAAAUCCUAACAGGACGGUGUGCUCUGAUUUUACUUGAAUUUGGUCUUCUCAGCACCUACGUUAUUAAGAACUGAAUAUUUUUCCACUUGAAUUUAGUGCUAUUAGAAAUUUAAUAUAUGUGUUUUAUUUAUUUGAUUUUUUUUUUUUGCAUGAUUGAUGCAAGGUUUGACAUUUUCACUCAAUAAAAACUGGAAAAAAACCAAACGAAGAAAAAAGCCAACCAAUCCCAGCUUUCGGUUGAUUUGUAGUAUUGCACAGGCGUCUUGUUUUUUUAAAUUAUUUAUUUAAUGUAUUUA